GCAGCAACGACGACGCUGUAUCCAUUAUCACUCUCCCCUCCCUCCCUUCUCUUCUUCUCCUUCCUCCCAUCUCCUCUCUUCCCUAUCUUCUCCCAUCUCUGCCUCUCCUCUCUCCCUCCCUCCUCCUCCUCCCUCUCCCUCGCACUCUCCCCUUCCCACCUCUUCACCGCCUCCGAUCUCUCCAUCUCCAUCUACGAUCUUUCCUCUCUAGAUCUCCUCGCCUCCUUCCCCGUCCCCUCCCAUUCCGGCUCCGCCAAAUCCCUCUCUUUCUCUUCCGACGGCCGCUACCUCCUAUCCUCCCACCAAGACGGCCGCAUCCGCCUCUGGCCAGCCUCCCCAAACCCUCGCCGCCACUCCCAGAUCGCCACCCUCCCCACCCUCUCUGACCGCCUCCUCCGCCUCCCCCUCCCCAAAAACUACAUCUCCAUCCGCCGCCACUGCAAACGCCUCUGGAUCGAGCACGCUGACGCCGUCUCCUCCCUCGCCGCCCACCAAGACCUCAUCUACUCCGCCUCCUGGGACAAAACCCUCAAGAUCUGGCGCUCCUCCGAUCUCCGAUGCCUCGAAUCUAUCCCCGCCCACGAAGACGCCAUCAACGCCAUCGCCGUCGCCGGCGACGGUACCGUCUACACCGGCUCCGCCGACCGCCGGAUCCGAGUCUGGACCAAAACCCCCGGCGAGAAACGGCACUCACUGAUGGCCACGCUGGAGAAGCAUCGGUCGGCGGUGAACGCCCUGGCGCUUAGCCCCGACGGCGCCGUGCUCUACUCCGGCGCUUGUGACCGUUCCAUCUUGGUCUGGGAACGAGAGGACAGCGCCAACUACAUGGUGGUUUCCGGCGCCCUCAGAGGCCAUCAACGGGCGGUGAUGAGCUUGGUGUGCGUCGGUGACGUGUUGUUCAGUGGGUCAAGUGAUCGGACGGUGAGGAUUUGGAGACGUGGUGGGGAUGGCAAGUACGCUUGUCUCGGGGUGAUGGAAGGGCAUACCAGAGGUGUUAGGUCAGUGGUGGCGGUUCCGGUGCCGGCGGCGGUGGGGGAAGGGGAGGAGGAGUUCAGGGUUUGUAGUGGGAGUUUGGAUGGUGAAGUUCGGAUUUGGAAGGUGGGGGUUUCUUCGUUUUCCAAAUCAUAUGAUUCUUAACGCAGUGUGAAAAAGGCUUAAGAACAGACUGGUGUUUUUCUGAUUUAGAUGUACUUCACAGAGUGGCACUAUUAUUAUCUUGUGAUGUAAAAAUUGAGAAGGAGAUCAGGGGAUGUGAUUUUCGGGAGGAUUUUUUUUUAAUUUUUUUUGGGAUUUAUGCAAAUAUUGAGAAUUGGUUUUUGCAAUAAUGAUUACUUAACAAAUUGGAUAAAUUUAUGGUAAUGGAAGGAGGGAGGAAAACCGAAAACCAGAAUGUGGAAAAGCAAGUUUACCUCUUGCUUGCUUUGGGAGUGCA